UCAAAUAAAAAUAUAUAUUAAAAUCGCAAAUCAUUUGUGCAUUGACUUCCACUGCCCGUAAAUAUUCCACACAGUGAUACAAUGGAGCAAAUGGACGUUGAUGCCGAUAUAACGGCCCAGCCGAGUACCUCAUCAUCAGCGGCUGCAUCCGCAGCAGCUGGUGAUUCCGCCGGCACCAAACAGCCGCAAGUCAAAGGCAAUAUAAUGGCUGCGACGGGCACGAUUGCGUCGGUAACAAUUUCAUUGCAUCCGUUGGUCAUCAUGAAUAUAUCAGAGCAUUGGACACGCUUCCGGGCACAGCACGGCGAGUCGCGCCAGGUGUACGGUGCACUGAUAGGCAAACAGAAGGGUCGAAAUAUCGAGGUGAUGAAUUCAUUUGAGCUAAAAGCCGAUGAAAUCGCGGACGAAAUAAUCAUCAACAGGGAUUAUUACAACAAAAAGGAGCAACAAUACAAACAGGUGUUCAGCGAUCUGGAUUUCAUUGGCUGGUAUACAACGGGCGACAGUCCGUCCGCUGGCGACAUAAAGAUCCAAAAACAAAUAGCCGAAAUUAACGAGUGCCCAAUCAUGCUGCAGCUAAAUCCGUUGCCACGCAGUGUCGACCAGUUGCCCGUGAAACUUUUCGAAUCGCUCAUCGACCUGGUCGAUGGCGAAGCUACCAUGCUCUUUGUUCCGUUAACCUAUACGCUGGCCACCGAGGAGGCAGAGCGGAUUGGAGUGGAUCAUGUGGCGCGCAUGACAACAAAUGAAUCGGGCGAAAAGAGCGUCGUCGCCGAACAUCUGGUGGCCCAGGACAGUGCUAUCAAAAUGCUAAAUGCUCGCAUCAAAAUCGUCUUGCAGUACAUUAAAGAUGUCGAGGCCGGAAAACUAAAGGCGAAUCAGGAAAUACUUCGAGAAGCGUAUGCGCUAUGCCAUCGCCUGCCCAUCAUGCAGGUGCCCGCCUUUCAGGAGGAGCUGUACACACAAUGCAACGACGUCGGCUUGAUCAGUUACCUGGGCACGCUGACUAAGGGCUGCAACGACAUGCAUCAGUUCGUCAACAAAUUCAACAUGCUCUACGAUCGCCAGGGCUCGUCGCGUCGCAUGCGAGGACUCUAUCCCUAAGUAGACAUCUGGAGAUAUUUAUUUUAAAUAUAUUUAUAUAUAUUCUGAAUUGCUGCCCCAUUAAAUGUGAAACACUACAAAGAUUUA